AGCAUAACUGUUCACAAAAAUUCUCCGCGCUCCAUGCGGCUAGCGUGACCGACGUCAGAGGGCGAUAGGAGCAGGAAAUGCACGCGACAACAACAUCUAAGUUCGUUCGCAGCCAGUACAUAGAUCUCCGACACGAUUCGUAUUUCGCCGAGAGUAUAGCCGGGCAUGUCGAACACGCAACCACCGCUGAAGAGCAUACCCAACUUUCGCGAUGCCGGAGCUUUCGUGAAUGAGCAGACGGAGCAGAGACGCGUCAAGACCAGGCUACUGUAUCGGGGCGCGAGACCAGACGAUGCAACGAACGAAGACCGACGAAGGCUGGUAGAGGAAUACAAGUUAAAAAGCAUCAUCGACCUGCGAACGAAGACCGAACACAUCGAGCAAGCACAAAAACGCGAUGCCAAGAUCAAGGCCUCAGCUGCAGUGCCGCAGUCCAACGACGCGAUCGCAGAGCCUCUGAAGAUACCUGGGGUGGCAUAUUACGAGAUCAACUUCAAUGGCUCCUCAUUCUCGCGGAUGCUCAUCUCCAAGCUGUCGUGGACGGAGUUCUUCAAGUUGGUUUGGUUGAUGGCGACGGGUUACCGGAAAGAUGCGAUCAAGAUUCUCGCACCGCACAUGGAAGAGAUGGGCCUUGUGGGCCUGGCCAUUGCGUCCGUGGAUGUGUGCACGUCCGAAGUGAAGCAGGUGUUCGACGUGCUCGCUAAGGAGGAGAAUUGGCCUGUUCUGGUACAUUGCACGCAAGGGAAGGAUAGGACGGGGCUUAUUGUUAUGCUGCUGCUGUUCCUGCUCGAGGUGGACGAGGCAGCGAUUGAAAAGGACUACCUGUUGUCCGGCCCAGAGCUGGAAGCAGAGAGAGCAGAGCGCGUGAAAGAGAUCCAGAGCAUCGGCUUGUCGGAGCAGUUUGCGCUAUGCCCACCCGACGUGGUUUCGACAGUGCAUGCACAUGUUCAGGAGAAGUACGGUGGGGUAGAGGCGUAUCUUCUGUCCACUGGCAUCACCACGGAGCAGGUAGCCCGCAUCAAGCGCACGCUACGGAGCGACGUGUGAAGGAAAUA